GCUGUUAAACACCAUGGGCUGUUCACCGCAUGCGAAGCAUUUCCUAGGCAUUGUUAUCUUGUUGCUUGCAUGCACCAUCGUCCACAACGCGACAGAGCUGAGUCUUCCCAUGCUGCUCCUGCGCUGGUUUCACGAUUUCCCAUACACCCACCACCUCCUCCUGAUGGGUCUUCUUCCCGCCACCGUGGCCGCCAUAUUCCUGACCUUGAAGUUGCGUCCCUGUACCGCAUACCUCAUCGACUAUGCUUGCUUUAAGGGUAGUACCAACUGCCGCGUCCCGAUUUCCACCUUCAUUGAGCAUAUGCACCUGACACCGUUCUUGGACGGUCGCAGCAUCAAGUUCAUGACGCGCGUGCUGGAACGCAGUGGCAUCGGCAACGAGUCGAACCUGCCCCCCACUAUCCACUACAUCCCCGUGUACCGAAGCUUGAUGGAAGCCCGUGCUGAAGCAGAGCUGGUCGUCUUCUCUGCCAUUGACGACCUGUUCGCGAAGACUGGCGUUGCCCCUAACGCCGUGAGCAUACUCGUCGUCAACUGCAGCGUAUUCGCCCCAGUGCCGUCCAUCAGCGACAUGAUCGUGAGCAGAUACAAGCUCCACCAUGACAUCCGCUGCCUAAACCUAUCAGGCAUGGGGUGUAGCGCGGGUGUGACGGCGGCGGGCCUCGCGACCAGGCUACUGCAGGCGACGCGGCGGCACCAUGGUGCGCAGUACGCUGUGGUCGUCUCCACGGAAACGCUCACCUCCAACUUCUACGAGGGCAAGGAGCGGCCCAUGCAGCUGUCCAACAUGCUAUUCCGCGUGGGUGGCGCUGCCGCGCUCCUGUCCACGUCCAAGGAAAAGGCACGGUUCCGUCUCACGCACUUCGUGCGAACCAUCACGGGUGCCGCAAGUGAUGCCGCCUACAAGUGUAUCUUCGAGGAGGAGGAUGCCGAGGGACACUUAGGUAUGAACCUGUCCAAGGACCUCCCGGCCGUCGCCGCCGAUGCUCUAAAGGCCAACAUCACUGCCAUCGGGCCCCUCGUCCUGCCACUCGCCGAGCAGCUGCUCUUUGCAUUACAUGGAGCAGCGUCUUUCGUAUGGAGCAAGCUGCCCAUCGACGCCAAGCGGGUCUUCAGGCCGUACGUCCCGGAUUUCCGCAAGGCGUUCGAUCACUUCUGCAUCCACACCGGGGGCCCUACGGCCAUCGAUGGUGUACAGCGCAUCCUCGGGCUAUCGGACGAACACGUGGAGCCGGCGCGCAUGACCCUUUACCGGUUUGGGAACACAUCAAGCAGCUCAGUGUGGUACGAGCUGGCGUACGUCGAGGCCAAGGGCCGGAUGUCCAAGGCUGAUCGUGUUUGUAUGAUUGGGUUUGGGUCCGGGUUUGAGUGCGUUAGCGCUGCGUGGGAGUGCAUUAAACCGGCGGACGAGCCGGACAAAGCAUGGGCUGAUUGCAUACAUCGAUACCCGGCCGGUGAGCAUUCCCGUGCGCCGGAGAUCAUCGAAUGCUAGCUACCGCGCUCGCCACGUACGUAGCCCCUGCGCUGUGCAGUGCGCAUUAUAUUCCCUUCAUUCCAAAAUACUUCCUUCGUUCCGAAUACGGAUGUAUCUAGACUCAUUUUAGUGCUAGAUACCUCCGUAUCUAGAUAAAUCUAAGACAAGUAAUUCGGAA